CUAGUACCUAAUGAGUGUUAAUUGACGUGCCAAAGAAGCCAUCGAACAUGUUUCACAUGACUCCAGAUACCUGCACGUUCAAGCGCCACCGUCAUGCUCUUAGCUACUUGUGAUCGUCGAGUAGCUUUCUUUUGGGCAGAGCCCAGCUGCAGGGACCCCGUAUCGGGUGUCUCCUCCACCAAGGCAAGAAGGGAUCGUCGGGCCGUGUAACCAACCUCAACAGACGGUGUAGACAACUCGAUUGGGUGUCCGUUCCUGUUUGCUCGUCGAUAGGACGUUACUCGUCCCAUAAAUGCGACGUGGUUCGUUGAGAGAGCUCUGUUGGGUUCCAGCAUUCUGUACACUGCGCUGCUUGGUCGACGCACGAUCAGUGGCAUCGAGCUUGCAUGAACCCUCGGCACAGGCAUCGAUCUGAAGCUUCUUAACUAGUCGUUAGCUUAAACUCGAAAGUACUACAAACGAAGCGACGGCCCGAAUGCACGAGCUGGGAUGUUGGCUCCGGGGAGAAAUUCUUCAUGAACACGAGCAGUACUGACUUUGUCCUCCAACGUUGUGUUGAAAAGUCCGUGAGGCUGCAGGAACACCAUUUAACCUCCUCAUUCUGAGACAUUGGUCAUGGAAACUUUGAUCUUUUAUAUGGAGGCAACAUCCGAACGGAACUGGUCAUGCUGUCCAAGGUAUCGCUCGUGUGGUGCAGAUGCCGUGUGGGACGAACUAUAAGUAAAUCGAGGUUGGCUCCCGUUGUUGACCUCGCAGAACUACGAGGGGGAGGGGGCGUAAGGAAGUGUAUCUCAUAUUGUCCAUUCGGUUCGAUGCAUUAGAGUACGAUGGGGUUGAAACAUGACCUCCACUUCGCUCUCGAGAACUAGUCAAGUAAGUGACGAGAGGUAUUUUCAGGGUCAACUCCUCAAGGUUGAUUCGUAAUGCUACUCUAUUUCAACAAUACUCGCCGUCGAAUUGUCGCUGAUGACAGCAGUGUUAAAAUAUCGAGUCUGUGAGAGGACUUGAGCCUGGCGACUAUCUUCCAUUGAAAAGAUCAGAUCAGGGAUCGUCCGUGGCAAGCCCUAUCCAGGUAAUGCUGUGGCCCGUUAGGAGUCUGGAAGAGUCAUACAAGAUCUCUCAUGGAAACAAGUAUUCCAUGCCUGAACCCUAGACGAUCGUGGUUGUCAUCCCAGGCGCGUGUUGUACUAAACGCCGUCGAGUAGACAAGUUUGGUUCGCACCCGGCUUUGGUGUUUCGCAGAUGUGCAAAAGGGUGAUGGGGACGAUUGAUGACUGCGCAUGUUUGUGAGUCGUGGAAAUCAUGCGACACUAUGGAUUGAGAACAUUCCGAUACUAAGUGCCGUCAUAUCUUUACUGGAUGUCUCAAUUGCUCCUAGGAGAAAGAUCAGGCUCUUCGUCGAGGUAAAGGAAAGGUGAACUCUGGAGGAAGCUAAGCGAGAACGCUAGCCUAAUCAUAUCUGAUCACGGCCGCCCCCUCGAUCCUAUCCCACGUCCUUUUCUCGCAAAUACAACCUCAAGAUCGACUUCACAAAAAUACAGAGCUCCAACUUACAUCCACAAUGUUUCCAUUGAGGAUAAAGAACACCAACACCUCUGCAGCAGAGUCUUAUGGCACUGUUGACAUUGAGCUGGGAGACAGGCGUGAGAGCACUGCACGCCGUUCACUCACUCCCACUUGUGAUCUCGCUGAGAUGACCUCCAGCAAGCCACAUGACAAGAUUACUCUGCUGAACACACUCAAGAACAUUCUCUUGUUUCGCAAGCCUGGCUAUAGCCCCUCUCCUGCCGCCCUGAAGGACUUCCAAGAUGAGAUGGAGCGUCGACUGAAGCUGAAGAGCGCGUCAGCUGGAGGCAAUGGCGUUGGAAGAAGCGCAAACUGCUACAAGGUGAUCUCGAUCCAUCCAAGCUCAAUCCCUGAAGACAUCUCCUUCGAUAGAAUGAUGAUUGGCGCGACCUUCCCACCAAUCAAUAUGACUGGUUUCAAAGCCUUCCUGACCAAUAUUGAUUACAAUGUGGAAAACUUGGAUUUCCUGCUCUACAUUCAACACUACACCAAGCUGUUCGAGGCUGUUGCCGACGAAGAAAGGGCGGCAUUGAGCCCACCAUGGACUAAGAAGGAUGAAGAAACUGCAAAGAAAGCUAUAAUCAACAUCAACAGAACUAAUCACAAGUCAUCUCCAAGUAUUUCCAUGCCUCAGUCGAAUUUGCCCACUCCACCAGGCUCAUCUGGCGACGAAUGCUCAGUCGAAGACCUGAAGUAUGAGGAACGUCACUCAACCCCUCCCAGAACAGCAGAUGGAGGUAGACUUGCAUUAAUGGGUAGAAGUAUGUCCGAUGCUGAUAUGGACUCUAUUGCGCCAUUUGCCAAACAUGCUAGUCAACACCUUCAUCGCGAAGAGUCUAACACAGAGCAUGCUGAAGUCGGACCAGAGCUUCCUAUCUCCGUAAUGAACCUCUGGAAAGAAAGCCAACGAAUUGCAAAUGCCUUCAUCCUCCCCAACGGACCCAAACAACUCAAUCUCUCGAGCCGUGAGCGUGAACUUGUCCUCUAUGCAAUCGCACGCAACAACCACCCCACCUCCUUCUCCGUUGCCCUUCGAGCCGCAGACCACGUCCUCCGCAACGACAGCUACCCCAAGUUCCUUCAGCUCGCUACACCCAACAUGAACCGCAUCCGUCAACUCUUCGCAUAUUCCAUGGGCUACCUCUGCAUCUUCCUCGGAGUCGCCUACGCAGGCGUAAUGUCCAUGAGCAAAGCCGAACGAGAAUGGCGCCUGUUCGCAAUCCCUCUGAUCGUCCUUGGAGUUGCAACUCUCUAUGCAGCCCGUCGCGGUAUGUGUCUCGUCCUGCACAGUCUCGGCCACUAUCAAGUCAAGCCAUGGGAGGUCUACGAUCCAGAACAUGCCGAGCGCGCACACGCCAACCCUGAGGUCUUCCUAGGAGGCAAAUAUAAGAGCGAGAGUCGGGAUUGGGUUCAGCGGUAUAAUCGUCGAUAUGCUAUGCGCAAGAUCUUUGACAAGGAGGCACCUGUUGAGGAACCUCGUAUUAGAGAUGCUCAGAACGUUAUUUUCGGACAGGGUUUGUUUACGGGUUUCUUGGCGAGUCUUGUUGUAAUGGCUGUCUUCAUGUCGUUGCCACCUGCGAAUGACUUCUAGUCCGCCAAUAUUAUGGCCUUAGAAGCUAUGCUGAAAUGAUGCUUUGGGAGAUGCAUAUAAAUUGCUGUUGGGAUGGCAUUCAAAAUCAUACACGAGACCUUUACGAUUCGAUGGUCGAGCUGACAGAUGUAUUUUUUGGUCUUGCACCUGGCUGCUCGAAAGGCUAAUCUGGAUUUCAUUGGACGUACGUGGGGAGGAUAUUUGAUGCAUACCCAAUGAUGGAUGUCUGAAAAUGCUUAUACCCCUGUAUUUAACUUUGCGAUUGUCUGGAAUAUCUACCUUUUUCUGUUUGCUUUGGCUUCCUCCAUUUUGAAUUACCUUGGCUGGCGCCGGCACAUCCCCGUGGCCUUAUUAUAGGAUGUCCCGGAUGAAGAAGCAAAUAGCCAGUUUUCACGUAAGAGUAAAGCACAAUGUGAGCG